CGUAGGUAAGAGUAUCAUGGCGCUGUGAUGGCAAGUAAUGUUAGAUCACGUUUAACUUGAUAACAAGCUUAAAUUCACACUACGUUUUGUGUCAGGUUUUAUGUCAGUAAUAUUAUGUCCGCUAAGGUUAGAAAGUUGAGAUAGGUAGACCUUGAAAUGGCCACCAGUGAACCAUUUGUAAAAAAUUCUAUUACCGGGUAAUGAAUAAGACCGGGACCUUAGCUAGCUGCAGUAGCAUACUGCGUUGUGGAGGUUGAGUUAUUAUUUAAUAAGCACUGAUUUUAUGAUUUAUAAGCUGCACGGGAUAGCAAUAUACUAUAGCUAUUUAUAAUCGCUGGCCACCUCUGUAUAACCUAAGCUCUGAUUUAAACAGAGGGGAAUAGACAGCAAACAAUGCUGCUCAUACCGGUCUUGUAAGCGGCGAUGACACUGAUAGUUGCCUAUUUACCCCGAUGACAAUCUGCUGCUGUGCCCUGCUGGUUUAUCCAUACCCAGCUGUGUGUUUGCAGACAAUGAGUUGAUUAGCUAUUGUUAGCUUGCUAGCUGAAUAAGAUGAAGAACCAUUAUGGAUUUCCGUUGUGUGCGAGUUGGAUUGCACUGUCGCUGGUAGAAGGUGCGCCGCUGCCCCGUUCAUAUGCAGAGGCGACAGCAGGUGAGCUCUGCCUGGUGGUGUCUCUGUCCUUCUGUGUGCUGGCCGCUCUCGUGGUUCUGUUAGUGAACUGCGUUACCUGCUGUGAACGUCGGGGAAUUGACUUUAAGGAAUUUGAAGAUAACUUUGACGACGAACUAGAUUUCACCCCUCCUCCUGCUGCUGCUGGUAACCCGUCCACGCACCCUAGCUCUGAGGUUUACACCUUGGCUGUGCCCCCAAUAUCCCUGCCAGCGCCCCCACACCUCCAGCCUCCCCUAAUUACUGAGGACCUUGCGGUCGUGCAGGUGGCCCGGCACAGGCUGAGCUACAUCCAGGAAAUCGGCACUGGAUGGUUUGGAAAGGUUCUUCUCGGGGAGCUUUGUGCAGAGCCUGUGGCCAUCAGGCUCGUGGUGAAGGAGCUGAAGGCAAGCGCCGGGGUAAAGGAGCAGGAUGACUUCCUGCAGCACGCGGAUCCGUACCGGGUCCUGCAGCAUCCUAACAUCUUAUGGUGCCUGGGCCAGUGUGUGGAGACCAUCCCUUUCCUGUUGGUCUAUGAGUGCUGCGAGCUGGGAGACCUGAGGAGCUACCUGAGUCAGCAGGAGUGUGUGCUGGUGAGCAGCGAUGUGCUGCAGAGGAUGGCCUGUGAGGUCACCGCCGGGGUCGCCCACCUGCACAAGAACAACUUCCUGCACAGUGACCUGGCCCUGCGGAACUGCUUCAUCACCACAGAUCUGACGGUAAAAAUCGGGGACUACGGAAUAGGCCCCUCAAAGUACAAGGAGGACUAUAUCACUACUGAAGAGGAGUCUGCAAUCCCCCUGCGCUGGAUGGCCCCGGAGCUGCUGUCGGAGCUCCAUGGCACGGUGCUCAUGGAGAAGCAGACCAAGGCGGGCAACGUGUGGGCCCUGGGGGUGACGCUGUGGGAGCUGCUGGAGCGUGCCGCCCAGCCCUACGCACACCUGCCCGACAGAGACGUGCUAAUCCACGUGAUACAGGAGCAGCAGAUUAAACUCUGCAAGCCACAGCUGGAGCUGCCGUACUCUGACAGAUGGUAUGAGGUGCUGCAGUUUUGCUGGCUCCCACCAGCCAGAAGGGCCACAGCAGAGGAGCUGCACCGCCUGCUCACAUAUCUCCGUAUGCAGGGUCAGCGAGAAACUGAGGAAGACUUUGAGCAGCGCUGGAGUGCCCUCAAGCCCAACUCCUACAACCGGCAAGCUCCCGCGAGCCAGUCGUCCUUCCCCAUCCUCAGACAGUUUGCCGACGGGGGAGGGGACGAGGUGCUCACGGUGACAGAGACCAGCCGAGGCCUCAACUUUGAGUAUGUGUGGGAGGCGGCCAAGCAUGACCAUUACAGUCAUGAUCGCGGGGUCGUGGACACCACCCUCAACUACCGCAAUAUGUUCUUCCCACUCUUACAUUUAAGCCCACCGCACUCAUUAAUAUCUGCUGCAGAAGUAGGGAGCCAUGGAACCCUUUCUGAGCUAACCAGCAUUGGUGCCAAUGUGCAUAAAACAGCAGAGACUCAGAAGCAGCACUACAUACAGCUGGAGAAGCCGGGGAUGCACAAGUUUCAGGUAGAUGACAGCUCUGUUGCUCUAGACACUUGUGAAGACUUGGAACUGGCUAAAAACGAGAAGCAACAUCUGAUCUUACAGAGUAGUCUCUUGGGUGACAGCAGCAUUGACCAUGAUUUUUUUGAUGCCAGUAUCGACUCUAAGGAUUCCAAUCUGCAGGAGAGCCAGGAAUGGUCAUCCAGUGACCCAGAAAGCCCCCAUCAUGCAAACAUGUUCCAUGGAACUAGUUCUAAACACAGAGACACGGCUUCCUGGAAUAGGGAUACUCCCAAACUGCUAAAUCUUAAUGCCAAAACCUGGGCUUCUUUAGAGAGUACUGAUCAGAGGAAAAUUGAUAGUAGUUCAUUUUCAGGAGACGAUCAGCAGACAUUUUGCUCUAAGAACGUAAGUGAGGAUUCAGAUUUGAUACAUCUUACUGAAGACACACCUAUAGAUAAUUAUUUUAUUCUCCAUGAGAAGUGUCUGAUGAAGCAGAAGCAGUGUUCAUCAGUAGAACAUAGGGAUCUGGGUCAAGACAUUUUAGGGGCUGGUAUUAGCUGCAUUCCUGAAAAUAUAAUCCAUGGUAGUGCUGAAAUGGAUUCAGGUGAAAGUAGUAAGAUUGCAUGCUUUUUAGAAUCUCCUGAGAACGUUCUUUCUCCAAAGGAUAAACUUUUGAACUUUCUAAAUCAGGAUUUAAAGGAUUUAGCAAAAAGUGAGUCACUGGUGCCUUCAAGUACACUGGCUACAGGAGAAACCUUUCAAGACCAGCUCCAAUUCAACAUUUGCUCUUCCAAUGAUCCGUUGCAUUCCUCAGAAUCCGGCAUUGGCUUUACCCUUGACUCUACAUCUACCUCUGCUCUACCUGAUCUGGCUGAAACUUCUGAGCUCCAUCUACGUCCCUCUGACCUUGGGCAGUCAGCUGUAUUCUGUCAGGAUGUCAUUAAUGACAUUAUGGUCACAGCUGCCAAGAAGUUGAGCCUGGUAGGAAGUGUUGGAGCAUCUCCGGGGGAUGUGUGCUCAGCAGACACCAAACACUCUGCAAAGUGUAACUUCAUUUCACCUCCUUCACAAGGUUCAGAAAGGGUGCUGUACAGUGAUCAUGAAGUAGGGGGUACUGCUAACUAUUCAGCGGGCAGUGCCGUUAGGAAAAUUUCAAACAAUUUACAUAACGUAGCAUCUGAACUGUCGCACGCUAAAGAUUGCAGCAUGAUCGAGCCUUUGCAGAAGUUUGAUAGAAAUAACUUGCCUCUUGACAAACCUUCACUACAAAUUUCUCCACCAUGUUUGGACCAGACAAACCAAGAUAGUCUUCUCGACAACCAUAUUCCAGCCAUUUUGAGGACUUUCUUUGGUGGAAAUUCUUUGGUGACUCCAGACUCCAUGGAUUCUCUGAAUAUGCACAUUCUGCUGGGUUCAACCGAGGUGCUCAACAGCACUGCCUCUGAGAAACCUCAGCCUGUUUACAAAACGGCUGACAGUGGUUAUGAAACAGAGAAUGUGGAAUCUCCAGAAUGGAGUUCCCAGCCCACCAUCCAAGAUACUGCAGCUGAAGGAAGCCCUGUGAUAGGUUUGCAGCCUUCCCCAGACAUUUUAGUGUCAGCCGCAGACAGGAUGCUGGAUGCUCUGCAAGAUAAAGGAGAAGCCUUCGUUGAAAAGACUCCUGCUGAACCUGAGCAUGAGCUCCAGUGCAGUGGCCAGCAGAGCUAUCGUGAUUCUGCUUACUUCUCAGAUAAUGACUCUGAACCAGACAGGUUGCUCAAUGACUCCAUUCUUCCAUUCCGCACUUCUGCUGGAGCAACUGACACCUGUAUUGGAAAAACUCCUCCUCUUGAGAAAGUUGUUGAGAUGGAGGAACAGCAGUUCCACACUAAUGUUCAGAUGGAUGCUUCAGAAGCUGCUAUCAAGCAGCCUAACUCAUUGCUUAUCCAAAGCAAAAAUGAGACAGACCUUGUCACAAAGGGUGAUUCAUUUGUAUGUUUUUAUGAUGAAACAGGAACAGACGAUGCCCAUGGAGUGACAGCUUGCUUGUACGAAUACACAUCACAGUCUGAGCAGCCUAAAAAUGCCACAUCUUUCCUGUUGGCUGUGAACUCAAGGUUAGAUAAUGUGGGAGAUGCACCCAGGCUGAAGGAACCUGAUACUGAGGGAAGAUACUUGGGUAAGCUGGACAGCCUGUCAGUGGCGAGUGGGCUGGAGGACAGUGCCGAUGCUGAUGAGGAGGAUGAGAACAGUGAUGACUCGGACGAUGGAAACGCACACAUCUACCAGCGGUCUGCGACCAGCUCUGACAGUGAGGAUGAUGCUGGUCACAGGGUACCUGUCAUUGUCACUGAUGGCAAUGAGGCCUGCAGCCUCAGAGGCCUCCUGAAACCAACCUCAGCGAUCACCCCCAGACCUUCGCAGAUAGGAGGCUCAGAUGAUGACCUUAGGACAAAGACGGUGUCCUUCUUUGAUGAUGUCACAGUUUACCUCUUUGACCAGGACACACCCACCAAGGAGCUUGGUGACCAUACGUCGGUAGCAGGCUCCGGCCCACAGUUUAGCACCGCGGGGUCCCCCUCCAGCUCUCUGAGCAGGCUCACCAGCUCAGAGAGUUCCACUGAUGAAGAAGGUGGUGGCUUCGAAUGGGAUGAUGAUUUCACCUUGCCAGAGCCCGCCUUCCUUGCCAGGACAGCCAAUCACCUCUUUGCAUCCAGAACAACUGCCUCACCACCCUCCCGCUGCCUUUCCCCUCCACCUCCCAGCCGUCCUGGGGAGCAGAUCUGGACUCCGCCAUCUUCCUACUCUCGCUUCUCCGUGUCUCCCUCCAACAUGGCCAGAUUCUCCCUCACCCACUUCACGGACUCUGACAUGGAGCAAGAAGGGAGCAGUGAAGAUGGGGACAAGGAUUAAGUGUGGAGGAAGUGGACCUCAAAAUUCACUGCAAGAUGUACAACUUUGUACUUUAACAGCCAUCAUAUAGAUGCUGAUCUCUAGCAGUGCUGCUCUUCUGCACAGAGUGCUGUAAGGAUGACGUGUGAAGGGCCGCCCACAGCAAAGCUCCUCGCUCUCCGUGCCUGUCAUGCCUGUCAUGCCUGUCAUGCCUGUCAUGCCUGUAAGCGCCACUGUAAGCGCCAUGCAAUACCAGCUAGUACAACUCAUAUCCUUUUAUUUUCUGUUACAAAGCAAACUCCCUGUUAGCUUCUAAAUGUCGUCCUCACUAGUAGCUGUGCUGUCACUGUCGUCACAUUAGUGGUUCUGCCGCAGUGACUGAAAAUAUUAAAGAUAAUCUUUUUUUUGGCCCUGAGUGCUAUUUGGAGAUGCGGUUCAAUUCAAUGCACAUGGUACAUUUGUUUAAAACAAAUCUACUAACGUCUAAUUUGUACUGGCUAAUCAACUUAUGAAGAGGGGUAUAAGCGGACUAUUUGGUUUCAAAGUUCUCCUUGCAAAUUACAGAUGUUUCUCAGAACAUCUUUUGGGUUGCUAGUCCAGCGCUCGGCAGAAAGACCUUUUGUCUUGUUUUUUUGCAGUUGCAUUGCAUGGCAAUGGUCACGCCAUCUCUCAUGUUGACAGCAGUGAUUCAAGGUAGCAGUUACAUAUAACGGCAUGGGUCACGUUCAUUUACAUAGACUCAAGAUUAGCCUCAGCAAGACAUGCCUCUCAAGGGGGUGAUUUUCCUUGCCGGUGCCACACAUGCUCUGAGCUAAAGACAGACAUUAACAAUGGGAGCAAACUGAGAUUUCUGCAGAAAUCUGUGUUUUAUUUUUUUGGAGUUAGCAACUUUUUGUACUCUUGCAGCAUUUAGAUGAUGACACUUGGUCCUCUCUGCCAACGUUCAUUGUGUUGUGUGUGUGAUUGCAUUGGUUUCAGAUGAAGGUGAGAAAGAAACGAGGAGAUACUGUCAUUUGUGAAGCUGCCCGUCUCUCCUUGUGCCAUUGUACUUCGCACGGGCCACUGAAUGGCAGACAGCAUUUCUCUGAAAUGCCACAAUACUGGAUCUACUUGAUCUGACCGUUUAGAGUGUAAUGUGAAGUAGACAUGAAAGAGAAACUUUCAGUUUGAGACGCUUUAGUUUUUUGUGAAUGAAUUUUUAUAUAAACUCUGAAAACCACAUAAGCUAAGCAGCAACUGCGUGGACUUGCAAAGACGCUGCAAUAAGAAGUAAAGUUCUCUGUCUGAUAUGAAGUGUUGAUAAUGUGCAACUGUUUUGCAAGCAAAGGUUCAUGGUCUCCAUGGUACUUCUGCAAUUUGUUCCUCUAAAACCCUAUUAGAGGUCGAAAGUAUUUUUAACUGAAUGUCUGAAACAGGUACAGUAUUUAUUUGAUUCUUGAAUGCAUCUGGGGGGAUAUAAUAGCCAGCAGAUUAUGAAUAUGGGCUAAUGGCAAUACAGCGUCAAAGUGGGACAUUAAAGAUGAUUGGUCCUAAAAUAAUGUGAGCAGCUGUUUUUUUUUUUUUUCUUCAAACUUUAAAUAAUUUUACCAUCCAAUCAUAAGGCAAGGUGAGCUGCCUAAUGUGAUUGGUUGUCACCAUCAUUAACUAGCUUGUCCAGAUGAAGUAGAGGAUUAGUAGCAGGGGGUCUGUCUGUCUUGGUUCUCAUGAUGGAAUUUAGAAGGGAUCCCAAAGAUUCAAGUGAAUGGUUCUGAAUCUCCAUUUUUUUGUGCAUCACAAAUAAAUGUCCUUGUUUAUUUAUGGUUUUUAUGUACAAAAGUUUGCAAUAAGAACAACCUGUGCUCCAGCCUGACUUGAAAAUUUAAGUUAUUCUGUAAAUAUUGCUUCACCUUGCACAUUUGAAGUGUAACUUAUUGUUAAAUUUUGCUAAUGUAAAUACUGUAAAUGUUGACGAUGUCUGUAAAUUGGGAGUGAUGUAAUGAAGUCUUAGGCAUUUUGUUUAAUGAGUAAUAAUACACAUUUCAGUAUAAUUAUUAAAUUGUGGUAGAAAAAAAAUCAGCUGACUCUAUCCCUGAAGCUGUACAUUUAAUGAAGUGGUAUUUUUACGUCAUGUUGAUUCAAACACGUGUUGUUGAAAUUUAAGUACAACAUGGUUAUUUAAUAUUAACAAUAAAUAAAAAAUGCCUUUUAUAUUCCA